AUGGCGCAGUCUAUUUCAGCGGCGCGACAGGCGGCUCCUGCACAGCCCUCCCCUUCCCGCACGCCCGCGGGGAAGAAAUACAGCGGUGACACCGUGAAACGGACCCAAAAGUCCAUUCAUGAAGAAGCUGCCGGGUCCCGCAGGCCCCCCUCGGCGCUGGGCGAAGCGAGGGGCGCCCCGUCGGAGCGGGGUUUGGCGAAUGAAGUAUUCUGCAGGUUUGAUAUUCUGCAGGUUGGUGUUACUUUGCUGUUCUGCACUGAGGAGAAGCAGCAACCUCGGUCUCUGUCGCUGGCCACCAGCCCCACAGGAGGCCUCGUGGGGACCCUGAGGGGGAUCACAGCAUCGGGCCCAGGUUUCGGGAGCAGCCGGCAGCUCCCCUGCGUGUUCGAGACCAGCAAGUCCAUCCCCCUGUCGAGGGAGACGGAGCUCGUCAGGAUCCACGUGCGGCUGCUGCUGAGGGGGACGGGAUCAAGGGAUGGUCAGAGGCUUCCACCAGAAAACCUUCCUCCAGACAAAAUCCCCUCCUUUAUUGUCCAAGAGUCCUCAGGGGAUAUUCUUCCGUACGCAAAUGAGGAUACGGAGAUGCUCGACUGCAGGAUCAGCCCUUACUAUACAGCAGGCACCCAGGUCGUCUGGCCUGGCAGAGACAUCAGAGCCAGCAGCUCCGACUCCUGGUUCACGUGCACCAUAACCCACACGGGUGGGAAGUACACCAUGACAGCCUUCCUUGUGCGAGACCAGGAAGAGAAAGAGAACCCAAAUCCCAGACAGUUUCUCCCAGGCAUUGGGGAGCAAUUCCACUUUUCAGCCCCACUGCUGGUUCACAGCUCGCCCGCCUGCUGCCGCUCGGGGCUGGCCCGGGACGUCUGGCUGCCCUGCACCUUCUCCACCGACCACCCCGCAGAGGUCUCCGUCCAGUGGGUGCUGCAGCAGAAGGGGGGGCACCGAAAGCGGCUGCUGGCUUACAGCGGGGCCAGCAGGCGGGGGGAAGGCCUGGCCCCCCGAGCUGAGAUGGUCCUGGAGGAAAUCCCCAAGGGAAACGCUUCGCUGUUGCUCAGAAAUAUAGAAGUGAGAGAUGAAGGCACCUACUCCUGCUUGGUGUCAGUGGCCUCCCUCACCCUGGAACAGAUGAUCCAGCUGCAAAUAGAAGAAAAACCCACGGUGACCAUCAACGUUAACUCCCUGUCGCUGGUGGAAGGAGAGCAGCACGAGCUGGUCUGCACCGUCAGGCACUACUACCCUCACGACAUCCACGUGCAGUGGCUGCGGGAGCCCAAGGACUCCUGGAAGGUCCCCGAUGUCGUGAAGAACGUUCUCUCCAGCAGCCACCGGCAGAGCAGCAACGGCACCUACAGCUUCUCCAGAUACUUCCUGCUCACCGCCUCCCUGAAGGACGACGGGCACCGGUACACGUGCUGGGUGGACCACGCCAGCCUGCCGUCCCCCGUCAGGAGGAGCGUGGCUGUGGAGGUGCGAGAAGCCACCUCCACAGCCUGGCUGCUCCUGCUCCUCGGCCUGGCCGGCAGCCUCCUGGUCGCCCUUUGGUACCUUCACAAAGUGAGGAGCACAGUUAAG